CAGAAAUGCAAAUGUUAACAUUUGUCUUAAGUUUUUAUUUUUCACUUUCAACUGCUUUUUAUUUCCACGUAGGGGAACGCGAGGAGAAAUGCAUAAUGGAAGACAUUCCAAGCGACACACUGGUAACAGGGACUUUCAAGAUACAGCAAUGGGACAUACGCAAACAAGAUUUCCUUGAAUCUGCUCCUGGCUUGGGAAUGUUUGUGACUGUUAGAACUUACAAUGAUGAGGUAUUAUUGUCCAAGUUAUAUGGCCCACAAGGAAGGUUCUAUUUUACUUCACAUUCACCUGGUGAACACAUCAUUUGCUUGGAAUCUAAUUCUACGAGGCUUGUGUCGUUUGGUGGGAGUAAGCUGCGGAUCUACUUAGAGAUUCGAGUUGGACAACAUAACCUUGAUGCAGCCAUUGCUCAAGCAAAGGACAAAGUUAAUGAAGUUAGCUUUAAGCUGGAACAUCUAAUUGAGCAAAUUGAGCAAAUAGUCAAAGAACAAAACUAUCAAAGGGACCGUGAAGAAAAUUUUCGAAUGAUCAGUGAAGAUACAAAUAGCAAUGUUUUAUGGUGGGCUUUUGCACAAACAUUAAUCUUUAUCUCAAUCGGAAUUUUCCAAAUGAAAUACCUUAAAGACUUCUUUAUAGCUAAGAAACUCGUUUAAAAUGUUAAUAAAGACAAACAACCACCUGCUAAUUUACAUAAUGUUUGAGUAAACCAAUCAAAAUACAUUCA